AUGCUCUUAAGAUGAAGACGCUUCUUACUUAUGUCCUCACUAGAGAAUAUUCUUUAUUUCCAAGCUGGUCUUGGAGCCUUAGCCAAUGUGGUUCUCCUUUUAUUCUACACUUUCAUAAUCCUAGGUCAUAGACCUAAGCCUAUAGACCUGAUCUCCUGUCAACUCACCUUCAGUCACAUAAUGAUGAUCCUCACUGCAGGGGAUAUUUGGCUUACAGAUGUGUUUGAGUCACUGAACUUUGAGAAUGACUUCAAAUGUAAGGCAACUUUUUACAUACACAGGGUGAUGAGAGGCCUCUCUAUGUGUAUCACCUGCCUCCUGAGUGUGUUCCAGGCUGUCAGCAUCAGUCCCAGUACCUCUGUGUUGGCAAAGUAUAAACAAAAACUAAAAAAACACAUAAUCAAUGCUUCCUUCUUUAUUUGGUCUUUCAAUUUGUCCUUCAGUAGUAGUUUGCUUUUCAAUACUGGUAGUUUUAGUAAUGUCAGUGAAACCAACCAGAUGAAGGUCAAUAAAUCCUGCAUAAUCAUACCCAUGGACUCCAUCAUCAUGGGAUUGCUUUUAACAGUGACAACAACCAGAGACAUGUUUCUUGUAGGAGUCAUGCUGACCACAAGCACAUACAUGGUGAUUCUCUUGUUCAGACAUCAGAGGCAAUGCAAGCAUCUUCAUAGCAUCAGCCAACUGAGAGCAUCCCCUGAGAAAAGGGCCACCCAGACCAUCUUGCUGCUGGUGGUUUCCUUUGUGGUCAUGUACUGGGUGGACUUCGUCAUCUCAUGUACCUCAGUCCUGUUAUGGAUGUACGACCCAAUCCUCCUGACUGUUCAGAAGUUUGUGUUGAAUGCCUAUCCUACAAUUACUCCUUUGGUGCAAAUCUGUUCUGAUAAGAGAAUAAUCAGUGUGCUGAAAAACAUGCAGUCAAAGCACCAUUAG